AUGGGUUUCUUCACCGUUCGGGACGAAUGGACCAAGUGCAUCGGUCAUCGCUUCCUGAACGCGCAAAUUUGUUUCUGGUUUGGCGUCCUUCAGUUGAUCAUUUGUUUCUGGGGAUCACUUCAACAUUUCCAUUCAUAUUUCUACUACGAGAAAGUGAUUCACUGCAAUUUUUCGCUUGGUUUCGAUCCAAUGAUUGGAGUGGAUGUGAUCAUUUUUGAUGCAGGGCUGCUCAAAGCCCUUUGGGGAAUCGAUGGCUGUUUGGCCGAGUACAUGGAUGGAGGAUUUGGUCGAUUGGCAUGGUGUCUCAUCCAUGCCGUUUCCCUAAUCUCCUCACUUCCCUUUGCUUGUACAGAGCAUCCGAAGCCGGCCAAUCUUUGGCCACUACUUGUUUUGCAAUCAGCCUAUGGAAUCGGUUUGUUGAUCCUCGCGUUGUCCACGCUGCCCCGAGUGCUUCCAGUGCUUAUGGAAGCAGAAAAACCGGCUCCCCUGAUUCCCUUAGCGAUCUACCUCAUUGGAUCGGCCGCCAAUUUCUUCUUUUUAUACGUGUACUGGCACUGGUAUUGGCACGUCGAGAGUAUCUGGAAUUCGGUUGUUAAGGUUCCAUUUGGCGGCCGGCUUGAGAACGCAAAUAAGCGGAGUCGCCGAGACAAGCCAAGAAACGAUGGAAACGGUUUGGAGGAGAUUGAAGGGAUAACAACGAUUGGGAUAGAUGCGUUUGAUCAAGCGAAACCUUUCACAACUCAACAACAAACGAUCACUCCAACAACUCGUCGACGUCUUUUACCAUCAUUGCCUGAAGAGAAGCUAGAGAAUUUGGCUGAACGAGUCGAGGAAAUGGCUGAGCUACGCGAGACGAAUAUUUGUAGUUCAGAUUAUGAAACUCCGUCAACGCCUGAGUCGCAAGUAAUACCGUCCGUUUGGCCACCAGCUGCAAUCAUUGCCGAUCCGGUUUAUUCGAAUUCCCGAGAGAAUCGCCGUCUCCGCGCCCCACCCGAAGUACAAUACGCAAAAACGAAACGACUCCCACAACGGUAUCAUCGGAGACAACGCAAACAAGAGCCACAAGUGAGCAACGAACAGUACGAGAUGGAGUCAAUGAGAAGGCUUGAAGCUGAGCGAUUCGACUUGAAUCUUAAUCCGAUUCAUGAGGCUCAUCGAUCAACCCGGGCACCCAGCACCUCCGGCACAUCAACUAGCGAUGUCUGGCAAAGACAAGCAUCCCAAGAACACCAUGCUCCUCAACUGAGCCACCAAAACUUGACAAAUCUUCCCUAUUCGCCAACAGACUAUGACGAUUCUGCAUCGGAAGAGGUGGCGAUUCGUUUGAAGCACGAUGCCACCGCGUACACUCCUCCAUACCUCACCCCGCCAACCUCUCGAAAGUCGCCAUUCUUCUCGCUUCAACAAUCUCGUCUA